GUUUUAAUAUUAAGUGAAGCCCAGUGACCAGGUGGGUAUGGAGAUGUGUCACUGGUGCCAAGAAGUGUCCCUGUCACAAAGCCUGCCGACACCUAGCCGCUUAGGUUAGGCAAUGAAUGAAGGCGCUUGCGCAGUAGAGUCCAGAGCGGGGAAGCGGGCGCCUGCGCAGAGACAUAGUGACCGUCCGCUCGCCGCCCCGCCUCUGCCAAGCCGCGCCAGCGCAGUGAAGAACGAGCCAGCAGAGACAGCGUCUGCGCAGCCGUGGCUGAGGAGCCUGUGGCGGCAGCGGCAAUGGAACCAGCGGAGCAGCUGAGCGAGUUAGUGUCAGCCGAGGGCCGAAACCGGAAGGCGGUGCUGUGCCAGCGUUGCGGCUCCCGGGUGCUGCAGCCAGGGACCGCUCUCUUCUCUCGCCGACAGCUUUUCCUUCCCUCCAUGAGAAAGAAGCCAGCUCUGUCUGACGGCAGCAAUCCUGACGGCGAUCUCCUCCAGGAACACUGGCUGGUUGAGGACAUGUUCAUUUUUGAGAAUGUGGGCUUCACCAAGGACGUGGGCAACAUCAAGUUUCUGGUCUGCGCAGACUGUGAAAUUGGACCAAUUGGCUGGCAUUGCCUAGAUGACAAGAACAGUUUCUAUGUGGCCUUGGAACGAGUUUCCCAUGAGUAACUGAGGGGAGGGGUACUCAGCUCCACCUCCAAAGAUAAACCUACUCCCCACAAGAACUGGCCUUUAAUGUGGUAUAACUGUUCCGCUGCCUUCUUGUCUGUGCUAAUAUAAAUACUGAGUACCAGCAUGUCCACUUGAACAUGCAGAGGGUUAAUCCUGCUUCCUAAAGCCUCAAGUACAUGCCUCCUGCUUAGUUCACUUUGUAUCACAUUUCCUAAGCUCCCUUUUCCCCCAGUUUUGGGACACUGUGCUUACCUCCAAAAAUCUCAUCUCUUCCCUGGCAUUCUCCCUAGGCUCUGUUUUGCCCAGGGGCUCCCUCUUUUUCUUGCUCUAGAAGAGCAGUAUUCAGCCUUUUAGCUAUGAUGACACAUAACAAAAGAUGCUUAUGUACUAAUAGUUGAAAGUCUGCCUUUUUCUCAUUCAAGAAGGCAUACAAAUAUCUGAGAGUGACUUUGUUGUAUGGCUACCCUUGUGAUCUACGGUAAUUUAUUCUUUCUAAAAGUAAAGCAUUUUCAAAACUCA